AUGUGCGACCUCAUCUGCCACACGUACACGAUAACGGGCUUGCCAAACGAUAUCACGCAACACGAUCUCCCCUCCACCAUCCGCCGUUUCUGCAAGAGUGCGAUUGUAACAAAUGUUAAAAGCCUCACUGUUACAAGGUUUCAAAAGGCCUCCUUGGAGCUCAGGAUGAAAGGGAUGGAAGGGGAACUACAAAAAGACCUUCGAAAUUCCGGCUACCCCACGGCUAAAGUCCAGUGGCAAAAACCAAGAGGACCGAGGCCAAAUCCCGACCGAAAAACCACACCAUCCCUCUCAGUGAUUUUGAAAAAAAUCCCAGUCACCACACCCGAGGAGGAGGUCAAGAAUCAAAUGGUAAAACAAGGACUACACGUGGAGAAAGCAUGGCGCAUCAUCUCCAGGAAAAGCCAGCAGCCAACCGAGAAGUUUAGGGUCAUAACACACGACCAGCAGACCGUCGACCAACUGCUAACAGAAGGCAUCGACAUAGAUUUCAAAAGAAGAAUGGCCGAACCACCACACGACCCCCCACCCCAACCAGCACAGUGUGGCCGAUGCUUAUCUUUUGAGCACCCCACCAGAAAAUGCACACAGCAACAAGCCAAAUGUGCCAGGUGCGGAGGGCAGCACAACCUCUCACAGUGCAACCUGAAGGAGGAAAAAUGCCCAAACUGUUCAGGACUGCACUCCUCCCUGUCUUACAAAUGUCCCCGCAGACCCAAGGAACCAUCAAAUCCUGAAGUCCGCGCCCCAAUCUAA